AUGCGUGUAAAAAGAGAUAGGUCGACUGCCACAGCGUUCACAAAAUUCCGAUUAUUGAUAUGGAAGAACUUUUUACAACAAUGGAGACAUCCAUGGCAGACCAUACUUGAACUGGUCCUUCCCGUGGGAACUAUGGCACUGGUGUUGAUAGUUCGUAUGGAAAUAGAACCAGUUAAAAGGGAUGUCAUACAUUAUCCCCCAAUAGCAGCGCAUACUUUAAAUUUCUCUUUGCCUGUUUUAUCGGGCAUGAAUUUAAGCGAAAUGUCGAUAGCAUACUCGCCAGAAAAUCCAAUAUUAGAAGAUGUAGUUCGAACGGCCUGCGUCAAUUUAUUUGUUGACAACAUUAGAGAUAUUUUAGAAUUAAUCAUCUCACAGAUCCCCGAUUUUCCGGAAAUACCGCCCGAUAUAAACUUAAAUAAUACAUUAAUUAUUGAAAUUGCAAAGUUUCUUGUUAAAGUUCGUCCAUAUAGCAACAGUCAUGACCUCAGAAGCAUUUAUGUGGAUGAAAUAUUUACACGAAAAAUACUUGCUGCUGUCGAAUUUGAUGACGAAUUAGCAGGAAUCGCAGACUUGCCAAGUGACGUUAAAUAUGUCUUACGUUUUCCUGAAAGACCGAGGUUGAAUUCAUUCUUCGUGACUGGUAGUCGAACGUGGCAUUCCGACAAUGUUUUUCCAUUUUUCCAAAUGCCCGGCCCUAGAUUCCCAUUUUCAUGGGAAGGUGGUAAUUCACCAGGCUACGUAAACGAAUUAUUCAUUGCCUUACAACAUUCACUAUCGAUGGAGUUAGUAUCUCGUCUCACAAAUAGAAACUUACGUGACUUCAAAGUAAAUAUACAAAGAUAUCCCCAUCCAGCAUACCUUGAAGACCUAGCUGUGGAUGCUCUGAAGCUUUUAUUUCCUAUGUUUGUUAUGAUUAGCUUCAGUUACACCGCUGUUAAUAUUGUCCGAGCUAUUACUUUGGAGAAAGAGUCACAACUAAAGGAAAUAAUGAAAAUAAUGGGUCUCCCAACAUGGUUGCAUUGGAUUGCGUGGUUUUUCAAACAAUUCGUGUACAUGUUUAUAAUUUCUAGUCUUCUCGUAGUAUUGCUUAAGGUAAAUUGGUUUACAACUAAGGAGGGUUUUAGCGAAUAUGCAGUGUUUACAAAUACACCGUGGACCGUUCUUCUCUUCUUUAUAACUCUGUAUUUGACGUGUACCAUAUUCUUCUGUUUCAUGUUGAGUGGCUUCUUCAGUAAAGCAAGUACGGCGGCGUUGUUCACUGGGGUAUUAUGGUUUUUGACGUAUCUACCAUCGUUCCUCCUCAGCAUGGAGACUGAGGUGCCACCUUUUCUUCAAGCGCUGACGUGUGUGGCCCUCAACUCGGCCAUGUCUUAUGGCUUCCAGUUACUUAUUUCCAAGGAGAGUGUAGAUGGUAUGACCUGGGACAGUUUUUUCACCUCGCAUAGUCUGGAUUCCAAUCGAUUCCUCUUUGGACACGUUGUAAUCAUGUUAUUGUUUAAUUCGAUACUAUAUAUGCUUGUGGCAUUAUAUCUGGAGCAAGUUUUGCCGGGAACAUGGGGUACGCCCAGACCUUGGUACUUUUUACUGCAGAAGUCAUUUUGGUUCCCAUCAAAAGUGGAUAGUUUAGAUUUAGAAGUUGAGGAUAAUGAGAUGCAUAUAGUAAAAGAGAAUGAUCCAACGGAGCACGAAGUUGGUGUAAAAAUAUGCAAUUUAACGAAAGUGUACGGGAAUAACAUAGCUGUGAAUAAUGUUAAUUUAAAUAUAUACGACGACCAAAUUACGGUGUUACUCGGACAUAACGGAGCUGGUAAAUCGACUACAAUCUCCAUGUUAACAGGGAAUGUUCCAAUAACAAGAGGUAGUGUUAAAUUAGCGGGUUACAACAUAGCAUCUCAGUUGCAACUUGCCCGUGCGCACCUCGGUUUAUGUCCGCAGCAUAACGUGCUAUUUAACGAGCUCACUGUUAAAGAGCAUUUGGAGUUCUUCGCGCGGCUUAAGGGGUUCUCUGGCAAGGAAUUGGAUAACGAGAUAAAUACGUUAAUUGAAAAAUUGGAAAUGCAGGAAAAGCGCAAUUAUUUAUCGCAAGGUCUAUCGGGUGGACAAAAACGGCGUUUAUCUGUUGGCAUUGCGCUGUGUGGAGGCGCUCGAGUUGUUUUAUUAGAUGAACCUACAUCAGGCAUGGACCCGGCUUCCCGAAGAGCACUUUGGAACCUUUUGGAAAAAGAGAAAAAAGGUAGAUCAAUGAUACUGACAACACAUUUUAUGGACGAGGCUGAUUACUUGGGCGAUCGAGUGGCUAUCAUGUCCACUGGGGCCUUACAAUGUAUCGGUUCACCAUACUUCUUGAAGACGCACUAUGGAAUAGGAUAUACACUUGUGGUUGUAAAGGAAGAGGGAUUCCAAUUGGAUGUAUGCACUAACAUCAUUUGCAAAUAUCUACCUGAUACUGUUCCUAAGGAUGACGAUGCCGUGGAGGUUACGUAUAGACUACCAAGCUCGAACCGAGAUGUGUUCGAAGAAAUGCUAAAUGACUUGGAAAAUAAUAGAUCUUCCAUUCGGUUUAAAAACUAUGGGUUAAUUGCGACGACUCUUGAGGAUGUUUUUAUGUCAGUGGGUUCGGAUACAGAAAUCAGUUCUUUGUCUGAUGAUGCGACGACUGUUGGCGAAAAUUCUGAUGAUCUCAAAGACAGUGGUUUCGACGUCUCAUCUCUGGAGAGAUUGGACAAAGCAUUAGUAAACGAGACAGGUCACAGAUUACUCUGGCUGCACGUCAAGGCCACUUGGUUGAAGUUAUGGUUGGUCUGGACUAGAUCCUGGGGUGUGUUAUUUCUUCAAAUUCUGGUGCCAGUAUUACAGAUAAAUAUCAGUUUGGCCAUUACAAACUAUAUUUUGAUUAAUCGCUCUACGGUUAUUUCGAGACUUCUAUCGCUUACUGAAGGAUACAUAUCUACGGAGACAUUGCUUUCUUUCAACGGUACGCAAUCGUUAUCCCUGGGCGGCCUCGCGAAGGCUGGGUAUGAGCUGAUAUUCAAAAAUUCUGAUCGCGAUUCUAUGAUACUACAUGACUUAGAAAAUGGAUCCGUUGACGAAAGUUAUUUGGAGCUAACGGAAGAUCCAGUGACAAUGGGCGUGCUACGGAAUAAAAUCCUGAUAGGCGCUACCUUUAGUGAGGAAUCCGCAACCGCCUGGUUCAGCAACUUUGGUUAUCACGACGUGGCAACUUCACUUGCAACUCUCCACAACGCGUUGCUGAAGGGUCUCAAUCCUGAAGCUAAUCUCACAGUUUACAACCAUCCUCUUGACGCGAACUAUCGAGAUAAUACAGAUCUUCAAACUAUGGUCUCACUAUUAUCAAUGCAAGUGGCCACUGCAGUCGGCAACAGUUUGGCUAUCGCCAGUGCUGUCUAUGUCAUGUUUUAUAUUAAGGAACGUGUUAUUCGCGCUAAGUUGCUUCAAAAGGCAGCUGGUGUUCGUCCAAUAGUGAUGUGGAGUUCUGCAGCUAUCUUUGACUGGGUGUGGUUCCUAUUACUCAAUUUAACUAUCGUCGUCUCCUGCGCAGCAUUUAAUGUCAUUGGCCUUAGUACUCCAGCUGAGCUCGGUCGUAUGUACCUGUGUCUCAUGGUAUACGGCGCCGCCAUGUUGCCUCUACACUAUCUGUUCUCGCUUGUGUUUAACGGACCAGCCGUUGGUUUCGUUAUUAUGUUCUUUAUAAAUGUACUUUUUGGUUUAAUGGGUGCUCAGAUAGUAGAAACUCUGAGCUCACCAAUGCUUAGCACGGGCGCAGUGGCCGAGUAUAUGGACUAUGUAUUACAGUUCUUCCCUCUGUACAGUCUCGUCACCGCUGUUAGGACCCUAAACCACGUUGGUCUGACGAAGUUCUCUUGUAUGGAGAUGUGUGACUAUCUGUUGUCCACUUUCCCCAACCUCGGAGAAUGCACCAUGCAAAAUAUAUGUGAAAACCUCUCAGAAAAUUGUUGUGUUCGUGAGAACCCAUACUUCGAGUGGGAGAAGCCAGGAAUCUCUCGUUAUCUUUUGAGUAUGAUGAUCUCCUGCGCCGUUCUGUGGAGUCUGAUGUUUCUGUUAGAGUACAGGUUGAUUCAGAGGUUAUUCAUAUGGAGCAGACGCCCGACUCCAUUGGACGAAGCCACCUUAGACCCAGACGUGGCCGACGAAGUGCGUCACGCGAAACAAGUGCCGCUGUCUGCGCACACGCUCGUUGCGCAUUCCCUUUCCAAGUACUAUGGAAAGAAUCUUGCAGUUGAUCAGAUAUCUUUCACUGUGGGUGAGGCGGAAUGUUUCGGUCUUCUGGGAGUAAACGGGGCUGGGAAGACCACCACCUUCAAAAUGCUCAUGGGAGAUGAGUCCAUCUCAAGUGGAGAUGCUUACGUGUGCGGACACUCAGUUCGCUCUGACCUCAAUAAAGUUUAUGAAAAUAUUGGAUAUUGUCCCCAGUUCGAUGCAGUGUUCGGCGAACUGACGGGACGUGAGACGCUCCGAUUGUUUUCAUUGUUCCGUGGCAUCCGUGACGAGUAUUCAACUGCGCGUGCGCAUAUGUUGGCUGCUGCGCUUGGAUUUACGAAGCAUUUGGAUAAGCGGGUGGAUCAGUACUCCGGCGGCAACAAGCGUAAGUUGAGUACGGCGAUAUCUCUGAUGGGCGGGGCUCGACUCGUGUUCGUAGAUGAGCCGACUACGGGCGUAGACCCCGCCGCUAAGAGACAAGUGUGGCGGGCUCUUAGGAAUGCUAGACGCGCGAACACGUCUUUCGUACUAACAUCGCACAGUAUGGAGGAAUGCGAAGCGCUCUGUUCCCGUCUGACCGUGAUGGUGCGCGGACGCUUCCAAUGUCUCGGAUCACCGCAACAUCUCAAGAAUAAAUUCUCGCAAGGUUUCACGUUGACAAUAAAAGUGAAAUCGGGUGAUAAUGAAGGACCAAGCAACAUUGACUUAAUUAAAAGCUAUGUCAUGGCAAACUUUAUCCGUCCACGACUGAUGGAGGAGUACCAGGGCCUUAUAACUUAUUACCUCCCAGACCGUACCGUGUCCUGGGCCAAAAUGUUUGGGAUAAUGGAGAGAGCGAAAAAAAGUCUUCCACUUGAAGACUACAGUAUUUUACAGACAUCCCUCGAACAGAUAUUUCUACAGUUCACCAAAUAUCAACAAAGUGAGGAAACUACUCAUUUCUAG